AUGGCGGACUAUAAAAUUGAGAAAAAUAAAUGGCUAAAUUCUCUAUCCAAAAUUCGUGAUCAUUGGGCUCCUAUAUAUGUUAAAGGCAUAUUUUGGGCUGAAAUGUCUACCACUCAAAGAAGUGAAAGCGUAAAUGCAUUUUUUGAUGGCUAUGUUGGUCCGACGACUUCAUUGAAGCAGUUUGUUGAGCAAUAUGAUAAUGCCUUGAAAAGCAAGACCGAGAAGGAGAACAAAGCUGAUUUUGCUCCAUUUAACUCGUUCUGCUCAUUUCAGGUGUCCGACAUUGUCAAGGGGAAGGAAGGUGCAUUUAGAAAGCAAGUGGUAUACAAUGUCUACACUAACGAGGAAGAAUUUGACAUUAAAUGCACGUGUCAGUUGUUUGAGUUCAAGGGGAUUAUUUGUAGGCACAUUUGCAAGGUGCUUAUUGAAAAGAAUGUGAAAGACAUUCCUUCUAGGUAUAUUUUACCACGAUGGAGAAAAGACAUCAAACGCAUGCAUACAUAUGUACAAAACUGUUACGAUGACCCACAAACAAGUGAGGAGAAACUGCGGUACAAUAAAUUGUGCUCUCAUUUUACUAAAGCCGCAGAACAUGGAGCGGAGUCAAAUGACAAAUACAACUUGUUGAUGAAAUAUGUGGAUGAGGCAAUUGAGAAGUUGAUGGACAACACAACUUGUAAGGAAAAGUUUACACCAACGUUGUCGGAGGCGACUAUUGUGCCAUGCCAACAACUUCUCACUCCUUUAAAGAAGGCACAAACAAAAGGAGAUGCAUCAGCUCAAAAAUUAGCGCAAGAUGAUCAUUGCACACAAGGGAGCGUGGUUUUACAAGCCAGUGCAAUGAUUUCUGAUCAAGGUUCAGUUGCCGUUUCUAAUUCUAAUGUCACUGCAUAA